AUGGGAGAGUUCGCCCAGCUGGACAAGUUCCUGACACAGGAGAAGUCUAGCUCUUCAUCGUCAAGCAGCAUUCUGCCGACUCCUGUCUCGCCUGCCUGGUACGACCCAGAGGCCAAAUCCUGGUAUGGCCAGCAGGACAUUGUGGGGCUCUCCCGGAAGGACAAGCAGAGCCUUCAACCUUGCACUCUGCUUUGCCAGUAUGCCCCCACGGGCCGUUCUCGGUGCCGUCGGUGUGGGGAGGACAUCGAGAAGGGCGCGCUGAGACUGGGCUACCCGUUCCGAUGGCGGCAAUCCGAAGAUGCCUACACACUUUACCUUCACCCAGAGUGCUACGAGUCGUCGGUCUUUGGCAUCAAGGAGAAGGAGUUGCGCAGUAAAAUCUUCGGAUAUGAGGCGUUGAACAACACCGAGCGCCAGCGCCUAUGGAAGGCCAUGCGCUCCGAAGGCCGCUCUGCCAAGGCCAGCCGCGAAGGUGCAGAAGCCGCAGCAGAGUACUCGAGUGGCUCAGUGGGCAUCGUGACAAAGAACUUGCCUGAAGUCGCUGUUCCAAAGGACUUGGCCGUUCCUAUGCUGCCUUUCCAGAAAGAAGGUCUGGCAUGGAUGUGCCACCAGGAGGACUCCGAUGUGCGUGGUGGCAUUCUGGCAGAUGAAAUGGGCAUGGGCAAGACGAUCCAGGCUAUCAGCUUGUUGCUGGCUCGCCCCUUGAAGGGGCCGUGUCUCGUGGUGUGCCCCAUGGCUGCGGUGCAGCAGUGGGUGAAGGAAAUUGCCAAAUUCACCAAGAAAGGAACACUGCGGACCCUGGUCUACCACGGAUCGGAAAAGGGCAAGGUCGCCACGCAGUUCAAAAAGUGUGAUGUUGUGAUCACUACGUAUCAGACCCUCGAGUCGGAUUACCGCCGAGAAGCUCACAAGCAUCGGGUGAAAUGCAAGUACUGUGGCAAGCUCUUCAUGCCCGAGAAGCUGGCCGUGCAUCAGCGGUACUUCUGUGGGCCCAAUGCGGAGAAGACCAAGAAGCAGCAGAAGACUGCAGCCAAGAAAGCUAUGCAGAGCAUGGGCAUUGGGAACUCUUCUUCUUCAAAGGAUACCCCGCCGACCAUCACGAACAUCUAUCGCGACUUCAUGAAGCAGGCUGGGGUAGACGUGAAAGCCAAAGGCUACUGGAACGUCAUGAAAGAGACUCGAGACAGGUUGCAGGAGAAAUCAUCAUCUUCGUCCUCGUCCAAGGCCAAGACGAGCGAGGAUAGCCUCAGCCGUGAACGACUGAACCUCCUCGACAAGAAGGAGUUGACUGACCUGUGCGUGAAGAAAGGCCUGGAUUCCGCGGGGCGCAAGCCGGAGCUCGUGGAUCGUCUCAUGGACUUCGCGGUCACCGGCAUGGCGGAGGCUCCCGCCAAGAAGGCGACCCUGGCCAUGAAGCUCAUGGUGUCCGUGUCCCCCAAGGCCAAAGCCCAGGCUGCGAAGCCGGGGAGCCCGCCUGGAAAGAAGCGGCCUCUGCUGCUCCGCACAAGCGCAUGUGGAUCCUCGAAGUACCAAGGCGUCACGAAAGUGAAGGCCAGUGGCAAGUGGCAGGCCAUGUACAAGGGCCAGCGCCUGGGCAGCUUCGCGUCGGAGCUGAAGGCUGCUCAAGCGGUCCGCGAUGCGGCCGAAGAAGCGGAUAGAUCGGAGAGCAAGAAGGGAAAGGCCAAGGCUGCCAAGGGGAGUGCCGAGCCUCCGCAAAGUCGAAGCGGACUGGCGCGGACUGUGGCGCAAGGUAAGGCAAUCGCUAGUGGCAGCAAGCGCAAGCAUGACGAGAUGGAAGGGAACAACUAUGAAGGUUAUGAAACCUACGAGGGUGCGCAGCUGGACCUGAGCGAGUCUCCUCUGCACUCGAUUGAGUGGGCGCGAGUCGUGCUGGACGAGGCUCAUCGCAUCAAGGGCCGCACAAACAGCACGGCGCUCGCUGCCUAUGCACUGCAAGUGCAGAAGGGCUACAAGUGGUGCCUCACUGGAACCCCUUUGCAGAAUCGGGUUGGGGAGCUCUACUCGCUCAUCCGCUUUCUUCGUGUCCGACCCUAUGCCUUCUACUAUUGCAAGAAGCAGGGCUGCAAAUGCGAAUGCGCCUGCUUCAUGCGGGAGCGGUACUGCCCGAAUUGCGGCCACGUGCGCUUUCUGCACUACUCCAGCUUCAAGAGAGAUGUGUCCAAUCCCAUCAUCAAGUUCGGCUACAUGGGCGCAGGGAAGACAGCCUUCGGGAAGCUCCGGCAGGACAUCCUGCAGCGCUGCAUGCUCCGACGCACGAAGGAGGAAAGAAAGGCAGAUCUCAAGUUGCCACCGAUCAAGGUCAUCAUUCGGAAGGACAAGCUGUCAAAGCAGGAAAUGGAUUUCUACUCCAGCAUAUACAUGCAGUCUUGUGUCAAGUUUGACACCUUCGUGCACUCGGGCACCAUUUUGCACAACUAUGCCCACAUCUUCGAUUUGCUGACCUCCCUGCGACGAGCUGUGGAUCACCCGUACCUCAUUGUGUACGGGGGUGGGCAGGGGACGCACAAGUUGCCUGCGGGCAAGGCCUUACUGCCUGCGAAUGCAGGAAAAGUUUGUGGCCUUUGCCAGGACGACAUAGACGAGAACGAGGAGACCAUGCGAGAGGCAAAAUGCGGGCAUGUUUUUCAUGAUGAGUGCAUCCGGGCCUACAUCGCCGACGCACCAGCUCUGAAGUCCGGAGGAGUUGGAUGUCCAGUCUGCUUCACAAAGCUGACAGUCAACCUUGAGGAUGCAGACGAAGAAGGUGACGGCACGGAGGAGACGCCGAAGAAGAAGUCUCGAAAAGCUGUGUACUGCACGCCAGUGAAGACAGCCAAGCCACGCAGCUCGAGCCCCGCGGGCCCCGCACCCAAGGCCAAGGCAAAGACGGCAAAGCUGGCGCUGCCGGCGCCCGCUGAAGAGACCUCCAAGUCUGUCGCCAAGGGCGGUUUCGGGCCCGGGAGCAUCAUGAAGAAGGUGAAAGCCUCCGAGUUCCAAAGCAGUACCAAGAUCGAGGCGGUCGUAGACGAGAUCAACAAGAUGAUUCAGGGCGACAACGGCGCCAAGGGCAUCGUGUUUUCGCAAUUCGGCUCCAUGCUUGAGCUGCUGGAAUUUCGCCUGAAGCGAGCCGGCAUUACUUGCGUCAUCUUCCGAGGUGGCAUGUCUAUGCAGGCGCGGGAAGAUGCUCUGGCAGCUUUCAAUGAGGAUCCCAACAUGAAGGUCAUCCUUAUCUCCUUGAAGGCAGGAGGCGAAGGCCUCAAUCUUCAGGUGGCCAAUCAUGUCUUCCUCAUGGAUCCUUGGUGGAACCCUGCGAGUGAGAUGCAGGCCAUCCAGCGAGCACACCGCAUUGGACAGACCAAACCGGUGAAAGCUGUCAGAUUCAUCACCACGGAUACGAUCGAGGAGAAAAUCAUCAAGCUCCAGGAGAAGAAGCAGCUGGUCUUCGAUGCUUCCAUCGAUGGCUCCGCGACCUCCCUCGGAAAGCUCACAGAACAGGACCUGCGCUUCUUGUUCCAGCACUAG